UUCAUUCGGCUUCUGCGCGAUUGUGUUGUGUUCACAGGUGUCAGUUGAAUUUAAAUUUUACCACUAAGUUAGAAUUAUAAAAGUGUUUUAUUUCCUUUUGUACGGUAAUAGUUUCGUUGGUGUUUAAUUUGUGUUAAAAAUAUUUUUAGCAUAUGGGGAUAAACACAAAGAAGGCGAGGCUACGGCUAGUGGUAGCGGCAGUGUUGUGUGUGGUGCCGUGGUGCUCUGCUAGCCUGUGUCCUCCCGGUCUGCAGUACUGGAGCAACGAGUUUGAGUUGUGCAUCAACUGUUCACGAUGUGACGCCUCAGCCAAGCAGGUGGUGCUCAGGCCAUGUCAGGCGCACGCUGACACAUUGUGUGGACCUAUCUCUCAUCUAGACAUCGACUGGUCCUGGCUCAAGCACAAGCACCCAGGCAAACACCACGAGAAACAUCCUGAUGAUGAAAAACACCACGGAAAAGGCCACAAACAUCACAGUACAUUAGACGAUGAUAUUGUUGAGAAGACUCCCCUACAUCACAGCAUUUUAGACGAUGAGGUCGAGACAUUGCCUCCCGUGACACACCAUGGGAACCAUAAGCAUCACAAACACUCCAAACUUUUUGAUGAUGAACACUUUGAGAAAAAACACAGUAGGAACCACCAUCUUUCAUCUGAAAGUUUUUUGAGUGAUGAUUUGGAACCUAUUGUCGGUCUUAGGAAAAUUUCCAAGCUUCCUCCACCUCCUCCUCUGAAGAGCACAGAUGAGUUGGAGAAAGAGUGGCAGGAAUGGCUGAGACAGUCAAAGAACAGAUUGCAACACAGGAAAGACGACUUGUUGAAGACCCUGCACAAAGAGAACAGCGAAAAACAUCAUAAAUUAAAUCACCCUAGUGAGAACUCACACUCCAGGACAAUGAAAACUCCUUUUGACGAUUUUGAUGGAGAAAUAUUCCACUCCCAUCAUAAAGAUCACUCGCAGAAGAAACACUUCUCGCCACUAGAUUUAGAGAUAUUCGACAGACUGUUGAAUCACGAUCUUCAAAAACAAGAGGAAAGGUUAACUCUAUCACAUCUGUUGAACCCAGAAAACAAACAUGCUAGCCUCCUUGAUAUAAUGAAAUCCGAAGACAAGCAGCGUGAAGAGAAAGACAGACCGUUCGCUGGAAAUGAUUUGGGAUAUCCGAUGGAUACUUUUGAUUUCCGAUCUGUUGUUCCGACUCAUCGACUGUUCUUGGGCGAGCCCUCGACUGUCUCUGAGAUCAUGGACCAGGACUUCUCUGAGGAGUCGGAGGACAACGAGGACGAGAGGCUGAAGGAAGACAAAGAUCAGUGGUUGGCUGCAGGAGAUCCCAGCGUCAUCGCUGUGCCGUUCUCUGCCACAGAGAGGUUUGUGUGGGACUGGCAAGCCGUAGCUCUUACCUCAGCUGUGGCUGCUUGUCUGCUCUUCUUUGUUGUGGUUGCUUGUUACUCGAUCCUGCACGCCAGGCAUUGGAGGAGGCUCAAGACCAAUUUUGACACGGAUGCUGAGGAACUGUCUGUGAAGAUGGGACUGAUGCAGAGUCAGAGUGUUGCAUCUAGUGCGGCAGACGGCAUCAACACCAACAUCUACCUGGAAAACCUCCUGGAAAACCAGAAAAAGAAGAGCGGCAACAUCUACACCCAAAAAAGACCGCAAAGCUAAGUGGGAUACUCAUGAUUACAAGGAUUGCAUUUAUCUGUAACAUAUGUUUUAUAAGUAAUAUAAUUUAGUUUAAUUUUUAAUUUUAGGACAGUAAGAUGAUUAAGGAAGAACCAUCAAGAAAGAUAAAUGUAACUCAAUUGAACAUUUUGCAUUUUGAUAAUUCUCAUAAGAUCUAGAAUCAGCAAAACUUAUUGUCUUUUAUACAAAACUCUUUGGGUCUAGUGUUUAGUCACAUUUUGUUUAAUUUUCUUCUACAUCUUUCCUUGUUUCAAUAUAUCUAAUAUAUUACUUUUUAAUCAUUAGUAUUUUGAAAAAUACUCUUUUAAUAUGAUUUGUAAUAAGAAUUCAAUAUUUUAAUCCUUUCUGAUGGAUAGAAUUAACCAGAAUGAUCACAGCACAUUACUUUGGAAAUAAUUCUAUAUUAUUUUAUUUUUGAACCAUGACAAUUGUAAGACUCUUCAAGCUAUGCGUAACAUGUAUAUGUCUUUUAAUGUACUUAAUUGAAGUGUUAAGUGGAAAAACUACUCUGGGUAGUUUUGUAAUUUUAUAAAGUAUCUAAUUUAUUUGGUUUUAUCUAUAAGAUCUGAAAUGACAAUUAUGUCAUUUAUGACACUUAAUACAUCACUUAAUGUCUUUAGAACUGUUUAAGAUAUCUCAUAAUAUAUUUGUACUAUGUGCCUUAUGUAUGUGCCUUAAUGUGAACUAUUAUAUUUUUUAUAACUUUUUACACUCUAAUCGUAACAUUUUUUAAGGUUUGAAGGAUUGUGCACGAUCCCAAUGUUUUACUUUAGUGUGCAAAAAUCAUAGUUAGUUAACUCAUGAAUGUAAAAGUAAAAAAAACUUGAUUUGAUUACAGCCUAUUUGUUAAUGUUUUAUUGAUCUUACCAAAUGCUAUAUUUUAACAAUUUAGUCCAUACGUUAUUUAAAGCAUAAAGGUUUCUUGUCUUGCUACACUUACUAAAGUUAUUGAAAAAUAUUUCUUUAAAAUUACUAGCUAUUUGUAUACUGACUUUAUUUUUGUUUAAAUUCAAAGAAUACUCUCUAUAAAAUAAACAACUUUUGGAAACUGUUUUCCAUCUCACUUAUUAGAUUGUAAAUUAUCAAACAGUAUUUUUUUUCUAUUGUUUUAUCUGUCAUUUAAGCUAUAAUUUUGAAUGUCCUUAUGGAGUAUAGACUUUUAAAGUUUUUUUAAGAACAAACAUAAAAUAUUCUUUAUGAUGCUGAGAAAUUAUUUGAAUCUUCAUACAUCCAGGAUAAAAUUGUAACUAAUUCUCUAAAUCAUUGUAUGGUUUUGUUCACUUUAUUUUGUACUUAGUGUUUUUGUAGAUGUAUUUUACAAUACAUAUACAAAGAUAGACCGUUUUCAUUUUUCAUUGAAAAUUGUAUCUUUGUAUCUUAGUUGUGUUCUUAUCAUUUGGCUAUUUUACCAAAACAACCUUCUUGAUAAGAUGUUUUACCUUAUUAAUAGGUUUUAUUUUAUUUUUAAUUUUCAACUAUUUUAAGUUUAUAGUUUUUUAUUGUUCAUCUUGCAGUAUGAUUUUAAAUUUACUUCAUUUGUAUUAUUUUACGCCACAGUACAGUACAAAACUAUACAUGACCAAUAUAAACUAUAACUACUUAUCUCUCAGAAAUUAAAAAAAUUAAAUUUUCUCCAUCGACCAAUCCACAAGUUCUUAUUUCUUAAUAAAAGUUGUAAUUUUAAAAUGUACUUUCAGCCGAAGAUCACAACAUAUUAUCAUAUGGCUUUGAGUGGAGAAAAUGCUCAAAUACAUAGAUAAUUAUCCUAACCUGCAAGGCCUAAUUGUUAGUUUUCUUAAAAGGUCGUAGCCCACCUGUGUCAUGACAUUAUAGCUAAAACCAUCGGUGGUUGGUAGAUUCGUACCCGGAACUCGUGGACAGAAGUCCCACAAUAGACCAGCCUUGUCUUAGUUUCAGUUCUCAACUGCUGAAAUGUAAUACUGAUUAUACUUGAUUACAAAACUAUUAUUUUGGACAACCAGAGUUUUAUGCUGUACCAGUGCUCAAAAUGUUAUUUUAUGUGCUAGAGAUAUGAUAUAGCGCAGUAUAAAAAUAAGAUCUACAAUGAUAUCAAGAUUUAAAUUCCAUUAUUUAAAAAAGAAUGAUGUAAAUGUUAAAAGUACAAAUUGUGUUCCUCAUUUUUGGUUUAUUAUUUAUAUGUAAUGCAAAUUACUAAUAACUCAUUACUCAACUCACUGAACCAUUGGCUAUUGGUAUAGUCAAAGCUAAUACAUUUAUGUCUUUGUACGCUUUUCUGUAUUAUUACUCUGUAAAUUUGUGUAACAAGAUUUGUCUCCUCGUCAAACUGUGUUUUAAUAAAUAUACUUAAGUUUACAA